GUACCAUUUUGUUUUCUUAUUGAUUGCAUCUCCGUCGACCUACCAGCUGCUAGAUAGGCAUGUACUAUUCUGACUGACCGCCCCGUUCGUCUCUCAAUCUCUCCUCAUGGCUCGCUCCAAGCUCUCCGUAGAAUUGUUGCUGGCAUUGCUCGUGGUCCUCGCCGCCGGCCCGGCGAUGCGACUGGUCGAGGCGGCUUCGGCGCACCUGCACUUUUACAUGCACGACGUGACGGGCGGCCCGUCCCCAACGGCGGUGCAAGUGGUUAGCGGGCCGCGGGGCAACUUCGGCAACACCAUGGUGAUCGACGACAAGCUAACCGAGGGGACGUCAGAGUCGUCCACGACGGUGGGACGCGCGCAGGGUUACUACAUGGUGGCGUCGGUGGCGAACCUCGAGCUCCUCGUCAACAUGAAUGUCGUUCUUACUUCGGGCCCAUACGCCGGCAGCUCGCUCACGGUGGUGGGCCGUGACGACGUCAGCGUCCCGGUGAGGGAGCUCUCAGUGGUCGGCGGCACGGGGCAGUUCAGGAUGGCGCGCGGCUAUGUGCUGUGGAAGACCGUCACCCCCGCGAUUCUCGACCUGGAGAUCUUGGUCAACCCUUCUUGAGCCUACCAGGCAAUAAUGGUAUGAUUCCUGCAUACAUGUGAAAAAUUGAUUGGGUGAACUGUCAAGUGUGUGUAAUCCUUUUCUUUUCAUUCGGUCUGGGAGCAACUACCUGCACUUUAUGAUUUGUUGAGCACAUAUGUAAGUGAAUGAGCUAUGGUUCUGUUGGUUAAUUGGCUGGUUUAUUUGAGGACC